UUUAAUCUACAAUUUAUCAAUAGCAUAAGGGAGAGUUAAUGGAGCGGAUGUGAAUUAUUGAAUAAAUAAUAUUGAUCAAACAUGGCCCAGAAAAGGGGAUCAGUCUCUAACAGGAUGUCGAGCCAACGGCCUUCUAAACCCAAACCCCAAAAGCCCUCAAUUUCGGUGGUUCAGCAACGUCAACAUCUGAAAAUCCUCGAUAAUGGAUUAGACAUGACUCCAAAGCUUCUAACCCAUCGGUUUUACGCGACCAUCAAGGAAAACGUAUUGACAGCGUACGACGCAAUCGGAAAUCUCAAGACCGGAAGUGAAUCCAUGAUGUCCUUGAGCUCCGCGGGAUUUCGCUCCAGUCUAUCUAUAGUUAAGUCAAAAAAUUUGCACACAACGGUAAUUCCUCCCCUCGACGAGACAAUGGAGAGCCUAAUAGCAACACAAGAGAUUCAGUCACUUCCUGGCGAGUCGCGCGCUCCCUCGCCGUUCUCUCUCCCAAGAUUCGAGGAUCCAUCGACCAAAUUCCCGGAUACCGUGACGAUCGUCCUGAGGGAAACGGAGACAAUGAUCCUCUUUGAGAUGCCCCAAUUGACGGCAGACCUGGACACUCCAGAAGGUCAGGGAGUGAAAGAGGAGAACGAGAGGUAUGAGAUGCUCACUAGAGAGGGUGGCCCGAAGCGAAAAUUGGCGGAUGCUGAGACCCAGACGCGAAGGAUUCAUCUCAAGUCAAGGUCGACGCACCGGGGGAGGGAGAAGAGGAUGAAUCAGGGGACUUUCGUCAAUAAUUGGGUCAUCCAUGACACUUACGUGGAGUUGGAGGGCGGUCAGAGGGUGAAGGAAACACCGGACAGGACAAAGCUGCCGAAACUCUCACUGACCUCAACGCCUCCCAACGCCGAAACCCAACUCGCCAUCAUCUACGAGAAAUCUUCCUUCAAAGAUGCCCUUCAGAUAAUGGAGAGGAUAAUAGCCAGCAAUCUCUUCGUUAUCCCGCAGAAGAGGUUCAAGGGACUCUUGAGGAGUGAUCCCUGCAGUCUGGAGCUGACGUUCACCUACUCUUUGGAUCUCCUGUGGAUACAUUCCUGUUCGGAAACCACGGAUCGUCCGGUGACUGCCUUCAGGUGGAAUUACACCAACUCCAACAUCCUGGCCGUUGGGUAUGGUUCGAGGAAGACUGCCAGUGACGGCCUUCUCCUUAUCUGGUGCAUGAAGAAUCCGAGCCAGCCCGACAGAACCUAUCGGUUUGAAUCCGCGGUCGCUGAUCUCGACUGGAGUCGAUCCAAGCCAAACCAAUUGGCCGUCGGAUUCUAUGACGGCAGUCUCAGGGUCAUUGAUGUUAGCAGCCGACUCCUAGCUAUUUUGAGAGACAGCAAAACCGACAAACUUCGAUUAUUCUCCCCUCAUUGGCAAGUCCAAUGGUGGCAGGAUGAUGACCACCUGGACUCUGUUGAGGAAAUCUACACGACAACCCAAGACGGACGAAUCCUGCGCUACCCCAGCCACGAGGACUUCACCUCCACAGAGAUGAUGCGCAUCCCGCGGAUCGAAGCCGAGAUCCCAGGAGUAGCCCGGAGAGAUUUCUGCGAGAAGGUGGACAUAUCGAUCACACGAAAUCCAGGAGCAGUGAUCCUCCGACGUCACCCUGACAAGCUGGACCACUACUUGGUGGGCACCGACGAGGGCUGCGUCCACACGUGCUCUAUAAAUUACCUCGACCACCACGUGGACAGUUUUCUGGCGCACGACGGACCGAUCUACGCCCUGCAAUUCUCUCCGUUCAUCUCGAAAUUAUUCCUGACCUGCGGUGCAGACUGGACCGCGAGAAUCUGGGCGGAGAGCAUCACCGAGCCACUCAUCACCCUCUCCACGAGGAUGUCGUGCGUCAGGGCGGCCGCGUGGAGCCCCAAGAACUCCACGAUCCUGGCGACCUGUGCUGACAACGAAAUAUCCAUUUGGGAUAUCAAGAGGAGGACCUACAAGCCAUCCUCUCGCACCCUCACACCCGGUGCACGACUUUGCGCCCUAGAGUUCACCAGCUGUGGAGAUCAGCUGGUGGUUGCCGACAUCGCUGGAGGUGUCUACGUGUAUCAACUCGAGGGCAUGCCCUUCCCACCCUUCAAUCAGGUUCAACUCCUCGCGGAAUCCGUCAACAAAGCACUCACCACGAAAAUCGAAUUGAGGAAAAAAUUCUUGAAUGUUUUCGACGCGGAAACUCAUGGCUGAGUGCAGUAUAAAAAUUCUCUCAUUAAUUCCAAAGAAUAAAUUCCGAAGAAGCUCUUCAUCAUGACAAACAAUAGGCCCCGACCGUUCUUCCACGACUCUCAA